AUGUCCGAGAUCACGACGACGAUCGGCGCGCCUGAGAAGAAGCAGGCGACAUGCCCGGUCGACAAGCCCGACAGCGUGAUCACCUGGAAGUCCAUGAGCCUCCGGCAGAAAUGGUCCUUCCUGACCAGCAACAUCACCGUCGAGCCAAUGGUCGCGUGCUACGUGAUACCGAGUGUGCUCUCCUCGCUCGCCGUGCAGAAUCUCAUCCUCGAGAAGGCUUGCCGGGUGAACCUGGCUUACUCGGAUGAGGUGUGCUCGGCAUUGUCCGCGAGGAACACCACCGGCUACGAAGCUGAGGAGACCGCGGUGCAGCAGAUGGUGGCGCGUAUGCAGACCUGGAAGACGCCGCUACAGAGUGCCCUACCGACGAUCCUGAUCCUGUUCAUGGGCGCAUGGAGCGAUCGCACCGGCCUGAGGAAGCCCUGCAUGCUGUUGCCGAUCAUCGGCGAGUUCUUCAGCAGCGUCACCCUCAUCGCCUGCACCUACUGGUUCUACGAGCUGCCUAUGGAGGUGGUCGUGCUGGAGGCAGUGUGGCCCGCGCUAACGGGCGGCUGGUUCACCAUGUUCAUGGGCAUCUUCAGCUACAUAGCGGACAUCACGUCCGUGGAAUCGAGGACGCUCAGGAUCGGUGCGGCCAACGUCUUCCUGUCGCUCGGCGUGCCGAUCGGCAUGGCACUAUCGGGGAUACUGUACAAAAAGCUGGGUUUUUACGGUGUCUUCUCGAUCUCGAUGGUGUGUUACGUACUGAGCUUUGUAUAUGGCCUAGUGGUGAUCAAGGAGCCGGGAGUGCUCGCGAAUCGUUCGCGAAGGAAGAUCCUUCCGAGCGAGGGCAAGCGGACCUCGGUGUGUGCCUUUAUCUUGGACUUCUUCUCGUUGAAGCACAUCAAGGAGACAUUUCGCGUGGCGUUCAAAAACGGGGCGAACAAUCGCCAGAAGCGGGUAAUCGUGCUCAUGGUCAUUGUUAUGGUCGUCAUCGGACCUCUUUACGGCGAAAUGGCGGUGCUCUAUCUUUAUAUGCGGUACCGAUACAAGUGGAACGAAGUGAAGUUCAGCAUGUUCUCCACGUUUGGCAUGGUAACUAAUCUAAUCGGAACCGCGAUCUCCGUUGGCAUCUUCAGCCACAUUCUCAAGAUAGACGACGCGAUCGUGGGUAUCAUGAGCUGCACGAGUAAAAUUUUAGCAAGUUUCGUCUACGCGUUCGCCACUACCAGUUGGAUGGUCUACGUAGCUGCUAUCGUGGAGAUCGUGAACGGCACAUCGUUCAUCGCCAUGCGGUCGAUAGCUUCGAAACUCGUGCCUACGGAUGAACUCGGUAAAGUUAAUUCCCUGUUCGGCGUGUGCGAGUCCCUGAUGCCGCUUGUUUACGGGCCCAUGUAUAGCGCCAUUUACGCGGCGACCAUGAACACGUUCCCCGGGACAUUCUUCAUCGCCGGUGGAUGCAUGACAAUGCCCGCAGUAUUUGCAUUCUUCUGGCUGUACACGGAACACCGAAAGGAUCGUAAGCUGAAGGAACAGAAGGAACCCGAAGCCGCGAUCAAUCACAAGAACGAGGACACGGCCGAUCACGGUGUGAAGAUGUUGACUCCUCGGAUAGUGGACGCGCAGAAGAGCACGCAGAAGGCCGAAAUGAUGAAUGGCAUAGAUAACGCGGCCUUUGAAUCCGAGCAGUUGUGAUCUCAUGAUCCUUCCUUUUUUAAUACACAUUACAUCAAUAAUACCUCAUCGAAAAAGAAAGGACUGAUAUGGAUGACGUCUCUAGGCCAGGGUGCGAUAGAUGCUGAACGAACUGACGUUUCGCGUCGUUAUAGAUUUGUUUCGCGAAAGGAUGCCGCAGGAAAUUUUAAAGCAAAUACGCUAAAGUUCCGGUAAACUGCUUUAAACGCGGUUCAAAAAAGCCGAUUUUAUUUUAAGAUCAUCAAAAUCUGAAAUGACGAUGAUCUGUCAUGACAAGUAUACGGGAUAAAAUUUAAGUAAAUCUGUUUCGACACUCUUUUCCAAAUCCAACUAAAUCACGUGAGAAUAAAUUAGGAUUCCAUGGCAUUUUUCAAAUCUUAUGCAACUGCUAUGAGUUAUCGUUUCCAUACAGCAUCAAGAUUUAAGUGUAGGUAUAUUUAAGGUGUAAAUAAAGACCUCGUCGAUGUUCUUCUUGAUCAUCCAUGACUUUAUUUGUAUUACAGCUUAUUUUUGUUGAAGCAUCUCAAGAUGUAGAGACAUUCCGAAUAAAGGAUAAUUGCCGACUUAUCUUUAAUUUAACAUCCGUAGUUAAGCUAGUGGCUAACAAGAAUUAAAAAGAUAUUACUUUUUAAGAGUUGGCAGUAUGUAAUUGAAGCAAUCAUUUUAGAAAGAACGAUUAUCGCGUUCAUUGCGAGAGCACGAAUCUUCGACGAUGUUCGCAAAACAAGUUGUAUUAAGAGAUACGAUUAUCGAUAUUUUUAAAAAUAAAGUUCGUUCUUUAAAAUGAAUGUUUUAAUUAAAUGUAAUAUAAUAUAUAUAUAUAUAUAUAUAUAUAUAUAUAUAUAUAUAUCUGAUAGAGACAUAUAUACAAUUCGUUGUAAUCUCUUGCAAGAAUCUCGCAGUCUUCAACUUAGUUUGCCCGUUUAAGGACGACCAGUCGAUUACACGUGAUAACAGCGUUGUAUUUCGUUAAAUGUGAUUUUUAUUUAACAAUCUAUAUCCUUUAUUUUGGGUACACUAGUACAAACUGUACUUAAACAGAUUGUGGCGACAGCGUGAACGAACAUGUACAUCACAAGUAUUCAUAUUGCAAUUUUUUGGUUCUCCAAUUACCCAUCGAAUGAAUUCUCAAUAACAAACUUUCGGAGAAUUCGGAUGCUAUUCUCUUCCUUAGCGUAAAUUUUCUAAGAAAAACGCUCUCUCUGAGCUGGCAUGCUAUUUAACGUUGCAAUUAAAGUUGCUUCGUUCAGUGAAGCUUCAACAGCGUAUAUAGAUAACAAGAAGCCUCGUGUUUAACUAAGUUUUAAGUUUAAUGCAAAUUUUACUUGAGAUUUAAUUCACGUGUACACGCAUGUACGAGACAAUAAAUCUGAAAUUGAUAAAAAUGAA